AUGAUUUCGGCGGAUCCGCGGGACUCAGUGCCGGUGCUGGGAGUUGGAGAAGGUCACAAUGAAUCGUCGACGGAGAAAUCAGGUCAGGAAAAGGAUUCGAGGAAUCUGGUGAAAGCUUCUCCAAAAGCUUCGUAUGAUGAAGCAACGCAGGAGAAAAAAGUGAUGAGGAAAUACAAUCUCGACAUUUCAGACUCAGAGGACCAGCUUAUAGUGGAGGUCUCUGACGAAGUAGUUGUCAACGCAGAGCCUCUCUGGGAGGAUUUCUUGAUCGGGAAAUUUCUGGAUACGGCGUCCUACAUCCCCCGAAUCCACGCCGUUGUAAACAAAAUCUGGAGAGAUGGCGGAAAGGGAAAGCCAGUGGAGUUGUACGAGGUUGAUUCCACAACAAUGAAGUUCAAAGUUCCAGAUGACCAAAUGCGAGCUCGUAUCUUGCGAAGGGGUAUGUGGAGCAUUGGCAAUAUACCGUUAGUGGUAACAAAAUGGUCCACAACUGAGCUGGAGGAGAAGCCUGAAGUUAAAACCAUUCCACUAUGGGUGCACCUCAAAAACGUACCCAUGAACAUGUACUCAUGGAAGGGGCUGAGCUUCAUCACAAGUGCAGUGGGUCGUCCGAAUAGGCUUCACCCUGAGACAGCGUCUUGUUCCAAUUUCAAGCUUGCAAAAGUCUUUGUCAUGGCGGACCUGUCAAAGGAAUUGCCAAAGAAGAUAAAUUUCACCAAGAACGGUCAAUCCUCCUUGGUGGAAUUUAUUUAUCCAUGGUUACCAGAUCGAUGUCACACAUGUGGGAAAUGGGGUCAUGUGGAGAAGGUAUGUAUUAUGAACAAGAGGGAAACAUCUCUGAAGACGGUCAGAGAAAUUAUAGUGGAAGGGUAUAAAACAAAUGAGGAAAGAGAUGUAGUGAAACUAGCAGAGGGAACUGCUGAUAAAAAAGAAAUGGACGCUGAGAAAAUCAACUCACUUGAGUCAGAGAUCGAGGGAGAGAAGAAUAGCAGUGCUAGACCAGCAGAGAUAGCAUCAGAGGUGGAAAAUAAUGGAGGUGCUGAUCAGACAGUGUUAGAGAAUGAUAUUGAAGAAGGAGAAGUUGUUAAAGAUUGGGAAGAGGUAUCACCAGGGAAGACAAGCAAGAGUCAAAAGGCAAAGUCACCCGAGUACGUGCAGAUGAUAUCUCCAUCUCGAUACUCAGCUUUGGCUUGUGUUGAUGACAAUGGAAAAUUAAUACUGGGUGAAGAAAGUAAAGAAAAGGAAAAUGAAGUAGGUGAAACAGGUCCUAUAGCAGUUGUGACUGAAAGUAGCCAGGAGGUUGAGGAUACUAUAAGAGAAAUGGGUCUGAGUAUGGAAACUCACAAGGAAAGAAGCAAUAUGAAACACAAGAUAGUAGGGGAGGGCAGUCAUCUGAGGCCGAAAGCGCGGCUCUCGAAAACCUUCUCAAUGACUGGUUUCUUUUGGAACAUAAGGGGUUUUAACAAACCGUCAAAACACAACGUUGUAAAUAGUUGGAUUCAGAAUAAAGGCCUGCAGUUUGGGUGCUUGCUUGAAACUAGGGUGAAGGAAAGCAAAUCCUCACAAAUAAUUGCUUCGGUUUUUCGAGGCUGGUCGUGUGUAAAUAACUAUGAAUACAGUAGGAAGGGAAGGAUUUGGGUGCUAUGGAGUCCACAGGUCAGAAUGACACCAGUUUUUAAAUCGGAUCAGAUCAUCACGAUGUCUGUUCUUUUGGAGGGAGAGGAAGAGGAGUUCUUGUGCUCCUUUGUGUAUGCAGAAAACACUGCUGAAAGAAGAAAAGAGCUUUGGGAACACAUCAAAUCCCACCAGAGCUCACCUAUGUUCAGGGAUAAAGAAUGGGUUAUAAUGGGUGACUUUAAUGAGAUACUUGAAAGCGAUGAACACUCGAGCUACCAAGACUCAGGAUUAUCAACAUCAGGAAUGAAAGAUUUUGAGGAAGUGAUCCAGUUUUGUAUACUUGUGGAUAUGGGUUAUCAGGGGCCAAAGCUCACAUGGUGUAACAAGAGGGAUGAGGGUAUAAUCUGUAAGAAGCUCGACCGUAUUCUGGUGAAUGAAAGAUGGCUGCAUCAAAGGACUCAGGCCUAUGAAGUGUUUGAAGCAGGAGGGUGCUCUGAUCAUCUAAGAGGUCGAGUUCAUCUCCAUCCUGAAGCAAUAGGAAAGAGGAAACCUUUUAAAUUUAUAAAUGCCGUGGUGGAUGAGCCGGAGUUUCUUGAUGUUGUCAGUGAACACUAGAGGGAUCACUUGCCUUUGUUUGUUUCCACUUCAGCAUUGUACCGCUUCUCCAAGGCCCU